CAGCAGUCUAAGAAGGUCGAGAACCUCUGGUGGUGUAGACUGUUCGUAGACCCGACGGCGCGCACUCUUUCCGCUCUUCACGAAGAACAUCACUUUUUUUAGACAGACCUUGAGAAUGAAGCGAUUCGUAGCCGUUUGCGCCCUCUUUGCCAUCGUUCACUUCGGGUCUGCCAUUGCGACAGUGAAAUGUCCACCCUACAACGCUGGCAAUGUUGUUCUCCUGCCGAACCCAAAUGACUGCGGGAGCUACUACGCUUGUAACUGGGGUAUUCCGAUCUUCAUGCAAUGCCCCCAAGGUCUUCACUUCAAUGCCCACCUGAGGGUAUGCGACUGGCCAGCCAAUGCCGGCUGCAAGGUGUGGACCUCUAGAACCAACACCCGUGCCACCACCACCCCUAGCAUCUACACCCAUGCCCACACCGCCACCACCCCUGGCAACUACACUCAUACCGACACUGCCCCCACCACUGGACAUCUACACCCAUAGUACCCCCUUCCCUGGCACCUCAGAUUAUUGAUCGAGAAGACAAUUGAGAAUUGGAUACAGCGAGGUAGAAAGUAUAUCAUUGUCAGACCUGCAAUAUAAGAGUGUUGACUACCAGUUUCAAUUCACCACAGAUGCAAACCACUGUUUUAUUUUAAAUAAGAGUGUCAGUUCCUUCAUAACGUGAUUCACUCACAGCGGAAGCUCGAUGAGUUUACAAAGGAUAUCGUGUUGCAAUAAAUAAUAUACAGGACGCCAG